AUGUCAUCCACUUCUAAAGACGAGGAAUAUGCACAAGGUCGUGUUCCUCCUCCAAUACUCACGAUAGAUAUUAACAAAAAUUCGGAAGAAGACUGUAUCUCAGACAGCUCUAGUUUUCUAAUUGACGACUCUGCAAAGAAGCACUCGGUUCUUGAUGCAUUCAUUACUCGAAUUGGAAUGGGGAAAUUCCAAAAACAGUUAUUGGUUCUUUGUGGGUUUGGAUGGCUCGCUGAUAAUAUGUGGCUGCAGUGUAUUGCUGUCAUAUUACCAAGAGUUCAAGUUCAUUUCAAUGUUUCUGAUCGCUAUAUUGGAGCUUUAUCAAGUUCAGUGUUCAUUGGAAUGAUGUUUGGCGCUCUUUUCUGGGGUGUUCUCUCAGACACUAAUGGACGCAAGCAGGCUUUUAAUCUCACAUUGGCAGUGACCGCCUUAUUUGGCGUGUUUUCUAGUCUUGCGCAGAGCUUUGUGCAGCUUUGCGUUAUGUUGCUCUUGUUGGGUUUUGGGGUCGGCGGAAAUAUGCCUGUUGAUGGUGCCCUUUUCUUAGAAUUCAUACCUAAAGAACAACAAUAUCUACUUACCUUUUUAUCGGUAUUUUUUUCGUUUGGCGCGGUUCUAUCCUCGUCGAUGGCAUAUGUAAUAUUACCACCCUACAGUUGUCCCGAGACAAGCGAUAAAAUGGAAAAUUGUGAUGUUAAUACACAGAAUAACGGAUGGCGGUAUAUGCUGGCCAUCUUGGGAUCCUUGACUUUUCUCAUGCUUUUAGCACGUCUCCUUCUUUUCCGUCUGCAAGAAUCACCCAAAUAUUUAUUAACCAACAAUCGGAAACAUGAUGCGGUACUUGUCUUGCGUAAAAUUGCACGAAUCAAUGGAAACCCUAUGCAAAUACAUGUCAGUGAUUUCCCAACAACACCUGACCCACAUAAUAAUGCGACAUCUAUAUCCUCGUCUCCACAAAAUGUUAUUAAUGACUCCUCACCAUUCCUAGUGGCUUUUUCGUACGAGGAUAAAUAUGAAUUUCGCUCAAACCCUAUUUCUUAUACGAAAUUCCAUGUCUCGGCAAAGCUUCAUUCUGUGCGACCUCUUUUCACCCCGAAAUGGAUUCGAACUACGUUGUUGGUAUGGGCUAUUUGGGGAUUGGUUGGAUAUGCAUACACAACAUUUAAUGUUUUUUUGCCAAAGUAUUUGGAGAGUUUGGGUAUUGAAGAUGAGCGUACACAGAAUCAAGAUGAUAAUUUAAUGAAGGAAGCGCUUCGAGACUAUUUGAUUUAUUCGAUAUGUGGUGUUCCCGGCUCUGUGGUUGGUGCAUAUCUAAUAGAAAGUGCACUGGGACGUAAAGGCUCGAUGGCAAUCGCAACAUUUGGGACAUCAUUUGCCGUAUUUCUAUUUACCACGGUAAGAUCAUCCACCAGCAUUAUUCUGUCCUCAGCGAUGGUAAGUUUUCUGGCAACACUCAACUAUGCCGUAAUCUACGGGUACACACCUGAGGUAUUUGAAGUGAAGUUGCGAGGUACUGCGUGUGGUAUCAGUUCUGCUAUUGGAAGGAUUGCUGGGAUUAUCGCUCCUGUAAUAACCGGCGCACUGCUCGCAAUCAACAUCAGCCUACCAUUAUUCGUGUCAGCUAUACUUUUUGGCCUUGCUGGUGUCUCUAUGGUACUGCUACCAAUUGAAACUAGAGGACGACAGGCAUAA